ACCAUUUUCAAACACAACUAAAGAAGUGGGAAGAACAUCAUCACAAAACAAUAAUGGGCUCUUCUAAAUUUCUCCCAUUUCUUCAACUAGUUUUGUGUUCUUUGUUACUAGGAAUUUCAAAUGGUCAGAGCAUAGUACCAGUUGUGCCUGGACUUUCAUACACAUUUUAUGAUUCAAAUUGCCCUGGUUUAGAAAUUAUUGUUAGAAGUCAUCUUUGGGAAGUUUUUAACAAUAAUAUUACUCAAGCGGCUGGCUUACUCCGCCUUCAUUUCCACGAUUGUUUUGUUCAGGGUUGUGACGGAUCAGUUUUGCUGGAUGGAUCAACUAGCGGUCCAAGUGAGCAGGAUGCACCUCCAAACUUGACCUUACGGGCUGCCGCAUUUACAAUUAUAGACGAUCUUCGUGCACUUGUGCAUAAUGCGUGUGGUCCAAUUGUCUCUUGUGCUGAUAUCGUUGCUCUUGCAGCUCGUGAAUCUGUUUUUCUGCCAAAUGGACCAUAUUAUCAGAUCCCAUUAGGAAGAAGGGACAGUGUAAACUUUGCCACAAGACCGGUUACACUAGCCAAUUUACCACCACCUACCUUUAACACCACAAGCCUCAUCAACGCUUUUGCCGCAAAAAACUUGACUACGACCGAUCUGGUGGCCCUCUCUGGCGGGCACACCAUUGGACGCGGACACUGCGCCUCCUUCGCCAAUAGACUCUACCCUACUCAAGACUCCACCUUGGACCAAACUUUCGCUAACAACCUUAAGCUGACUUGCCCAACAAAUACCACUGAUAACUCUACAAAUUUGGACAUUCGUUCACCUAACUUGUUCGAUAACAAGUACUUUGUUGACCUUAUGAACCGCCAAGGCUUGUUCACGUCCGAUCAGGAUUUGUACACCGACUCCAGGACGAGGAACAUUGUAACAAGUUUUGCUGUCAAUCAAAGCCUAUUCUUUGAAAAAUUUGUUGAUGGUAUGUUAAAAAUGGGACAACUUGGUGUAUUGACGGGUACACAAGGGGAGAUUCGAACAAAUUGUUCUGCAACAAAUGUUAACAACAUCAACAUAGACUUAGCGUCUGUGGUAAGAGACCAUCAAGAACAAGAAAUGUUGUCUCAGUAUUAAUUGAGGAUAGAUUAUCGAUCUGCAUGCGCGUUUCAAGUCGAAUAAAUGUAACUUGCACUACUACUAAUACGUAAGUUAAUUACUUGUAGUUUUGAAAUGAUCGCACGGUUGAAAGAAGUUGUAAUCUUUCUUUUACGUUAUGUUUAGUGGGUCACUAUUCCUGCUACUUCAUUUUGAAAGGAAAAAUUGACCGCAUCAGUGUCAACUAGACAA